AUGUGCCUAGACAUACUAUUGGACCUUGAAAUUCCCCGAGUUCAGAUCUUCCCUGCAGCCUUUUGUCGUUGUUUAUGUAUUAGUCCCCUGGUACGCUUUCGCGUGUCGCGCUCCUCCACUGGAAGGACAAACCCCCAUUCCUCAGUUCUCCCCGAAGGUGUCGUGCCUCCUCAUGGCGCGCUACUGUCGAGGGAUACACUGUUCUCCUGCUUUCUCUUUUCUCAAGCCCUUCCUCCCGCUACAUUCCCCUUUCCAUUCCCCCAUUCAAACGAACUUCAGAUCGUUCAGCCGGUCCCACUCUGCCCCUUCUCACUCCGGUUACUGUCAGCAAUAAUACCCUCACAUCACGAAUUCGAUUUCAAGUAUAACUGGAUCGAUGGUGCCGAAAAUCUUGAGAAAUAUGCACAAGGGGGAUACCACGCGAUCAUGAUCGGAGACACUCUCCAAGAAAUAUAUCGGAUUGUCGACAAGUUAGGAUUUGGUGGCUAUUCGACUGCUUGGCUUGGGCGUGAUCUCCGUCUGGAGCAGUACGUCGCGGUCAAAGUCGGCAUCGCAGACGGCCCAGAUCGAGACUCCCGCCGUGAGCUGAAGGCACGGCCAGCAUCGUCAUAUACAUAUCCAUCUCAGCAAUAUCUUAAUUCGGUUCUCGUCAAGCUUGGACAGCUUUCAACCAAGCGACCGUACGAAAAAUACGGGGAGCCUGAGACAGUCGCUAUUACCCAGCGCAAUAAGGACCCAUUGACCCCCAAUGCCCCGCCAAAGGCAGCCCUCCCACUAGAUCUUGGGAAAGGGGCAGAGGAAUUCACACUUUCUGAAGUGGGUGGUCUUCUUCUUAACGACAUUGGAGAGGCAUUUGAACCAGCCUCAGACUUGCGGCAAGGAAAAGACUGUCAUACACUUCUAGCAUUUCGAGCCCCAGAGGCCCCCUUUGAACCCGAAGCACCACUAUCAUACCCAUCAGAUAUUUGGGGCCUAGCGACAGCAAUAUGGGAGAUUCUUGGGAUGAAGGCAAUUUUCAGUCUUGAGUAUACAGAUAUCAAAAAGAUAAUAUCUCAGCAUAUUGAUGUGCUAGGUCCUUUGCCUUUGCCCUGGUGGGGGUCUUGGGAAGAGAGAGAUCUAUUCUUUGAUGGCAAUGGAAAACAUAAAAAGGGCAGAGGUGUGGCGCCACCGAUCAACGAGGCAUUUGAGGAAGGUGUGCAGAAGUAUCGCCGGAUGGCCAAAAUAGGCGAGUUUGACAAAGAGGAAGCCUCUGCGAUAUUGAGUUUGAUGUGCCGGAUGCUAGGCUUUCGGCUUGAGGAUCGUCCAACUGCUGAGCAGGUGCUAAACUCAGAGUGGAUGAUGAGAUGGGCAUUGCCUGAUUUUCAGCGCAGUUGCAGGCACAGUAGCUCAGCGCUGUAUGGCUACGAUGUAUGUAUACUUGACUCCAGAGGAUAA